CCCUACUUUUUCCCACCUACAUUCCUUUUUAACCAUGGAAUUGCCCGUAAAGAUAAUUCCUUUUUCUGCUAAUCCAGACUACACAAUCACCGCAAGAAAUCUGUCCUACAGAUUGUCCCCAAGAGACAACCGCAGUUGCCUCACCCCUAACAUUAAUCGCUGCAUUUUGCAGAACAUUAAUUGCGAAGCCAGGCCUGGACAACUCACUGCAAUCGCCGGCCCUAGUGGCGCCGGAAAAACCACAUUGCUGGAAAUCCUGUCGGGGACGCCCGUUCCCGGCGAAAUUUCAGGCGAUGUUCUCGUCAACGGAGUGGUUAUGAAUGCGGCGGCCGGUUUUCAAAGGAUUUCGGGGUAUGUGACGCAGGACGACGCUCUAUUCCCUCACCUCACCGUCGAAGAAACACUGCUGUACAGCGCACGCCUCCGGCUGCCGGCCGGCGGCGGCGCCGGAGAAAAUGCUAAGGCACGUGUGCAGCAGCUGCUGAAGGAAUUAGGGUUGGAACACGUGGCCGGAGUCAGAAUCGGCGGCGAAUCCCGCCGGGGAGUAUCUGGCGGGGAGCGGCGGCGCGUGUCGAUAGGGGUGGAUUUGGUGCACAAUCCGGCGGUGCUUCUGGUGGACGAGCCGACUUCCGGGCUGGAUUCUGGGUCGGCAUUCGAUGUGAUGUUGCUGCUCAAAUCGAUGGCGGAGCGCCGCCGCAAGACGGUGGUGCUGACCAUCCACCAGCCGGGGUUUCGAAUCCUCGACCUAAUUGACAACGUUGUACUCUUGUCCAACGGCGUGGUUCUCCACGAGGGUUCCUUGAACCUCCUCGAGGACAGAAUUAACCAAUCGGGUCACUCAAUCCCUAACCGUGUCAACGUGCUCGAAUUCGCCAUCGAUUUCAAAGAAUCCCUAAAUGUAGAAUUCCAAUUCGGAUCCAUGGAAAGGGAUUUUGCCGUUUCAACGAAUCUCUCAUCGGAAGAUCGAAAGCUAAUGUUGUGUUACCCUAAUACGCCAUUGAAAGAGGUAGUGAUCUUAAGCCAGAGAUUUUCUAACAACAUUUUAAGAAACAAACAGCUCUUUGUAGCGAAGACAGUUUGGACCUUACUCGCCGGAAUAAUCUUAGGCACAGUGUACGUCGCCUCCUUCGGAAAUUCGAAGAUAAUGAGGCUGCAAAACCAGGUAGGGUUUUUCGCCUUCACUCUAAGCUUCUUGAUCUCAUCGACAGUCGAAGCAAUGCCAAUUUUCUUACAAGAAAGAAAGAUUGUAACGAGGGAGACAUCAAGAGGAGUUUAUAGAGUCUCCUCAUACCUUAUCUCGAAUUCUCUCGUGUUUCUUCCUUUCCUUCUUAUAAUAGCUUUGUUGUACUCGACUUCGGUUUACUGGCUAGUCGGACUUAGGCGCGACUUAAGCGCAUUCCUUUACUUCACUCUAGUGGUCUGGAUGGUCGUGUCGAUGGCGAACUCAUUUGUGGUGUGUUUUAGCGCCUUGGUGCCGGAUUUGAUCACCGGGAUGUCGCUGAUCUACGCGAUCAUGGGGUCAUUUUUCUUGUUUUCGGGAUAUUUCAUAUCCAAGGACACCAUACCUAAGUUUUGGUAUUUUAUGCAGUACUUGAGCUUGUUCAAAUAUCCAUUUGAAUGCUUGUUGAUGAACGAAUUCGGAGGAGUUCACGGGAGGCUGAGAUGCGUUCAAGGCGCCGAAGAUGUCUGCAUAAUAUUCGGGAAUGAGUUCUUGAAACAACAAGGGUUGAAGGAACCACAGAAAUGGACUAACUUGGUGAUAAUGUUGAGCUUCAUUGUUGGUUACAGGUUUUUAGGGUUUGUGUUCAUUAGGUAUCAUAGAUCUUGGAGAAUUCUGUGGUCGUCUACUUGAUUAAUUAGCUAAAAAUGUAAUUUCCAUGCUCAUAUGUAUUUCUAUAUUUGAAUAUAC